CUAUACCACAUUAGAAAUAUGUUCCACUCAGUCUUGUUUCUUAUCUAAAUAUUUACUGAUAUUGUGUAUUUCUACUAAAGAAAAAAGUACUUUAUAUAGUGAUGUUACAGCUUGUUUAUUUUAUUUUUCUAGCGAAACUGAAGAGGUUACUUUAUACAGGAAGUACCUUAAGUUCGAAUGCCCCGCAGCCUCCUGUAGAAUUAAGCUGCUUUCCAUUGGCUCAAGCAUAGAUCUAGACAGAGUGCAAACUAUAAUGGAAUCUAUGGGAUCUAAGUUGUCUCCAGGUGCUCAGCAACUCAUGGACAUGGUCCGAUGUCAGCAGAAAAACAGUUUACCUCUUGGAGACAAACUUAAUUGGAUCUUUGGGAAAAAUUCAGACUUUGGAGGUAACCACGCAAUAGAUGGAUUGCGCAGUGCAGCUAUUCAGACAUCACUAGAUCAGUUAGCCAGUGAACCCUUGCCUGUUAAAAAUCAUUUCACAAGUGAAACAGCAUAUGAAGACGUAAAAAUAAGUCAUGAUCUGAACACACAGGUACCUGAAGGAGGGAAUACUUCCGAUUCUGAAAGCCUUACUACCCAGAAAAAUACAGUUGACCUCAGAAAUGAUUUUAAAGUCAUGGGAUCUUUGCAUAUGCAGGAACAAGCGAGCGAAACCCCAAACGUAGCUAAUCCACAGGUGCUUCUUCCUUUUCUUCAAAACUUAUGUAGUCAGGUAAAUCAUCUUCGGCUAAAAGAUGGUGAUAGGCGCUUUGGGAAAAAUGCAGUGACUAAAGAGGAAGGCGUUCGGUGUGUCGGAGUAGAACAACAGCCUAUUUGCUCCUAUUUGGAAAAGAUGAUCUCAAAAAAUAUGGAUCUGAUGGAGAAAAAACUAAUGGACUAUAUUGAUUGCCAAAUCCAGGCUCUUCAGACACAUAUAGAUAAUAAAAUGGUUCUCUUAAUGGACUUGGUUCAGAACUCAAAGCCAAACAAAAUUUCACAAGCGCGCUAUGAUUCUAACGAGGGCUUCUCUAAUGGAGAGAGAUAGGUGUAUAUAGAUAUAGGAUGUCAAGUACUUUAAGGGCAAUUAUACUUUACCGAGCUUAGUAUUUAUGGAGUUAUAACUGUAAAGAACCUCAGUGUUGUUGACUUGCAUCUUGUUACUGUAAUUCUAUCCACUGUUGUACACAGUUGUUAGUUUUAUGAAAGAUCUUAAGAAUGUGUGUUUUUUCUAAAUAUAAGAAUUUUGUAUGCCCUUUGUGGCUUAUUUAUUUAAAGAGCAUUGCUAAAAGCCAUAUGAAACAGUUUCACAGUUUUGGUUUGAACAAUGAAGUACUCUAAAUAAACUGAGUUACAGCUUAUAUUUUUACCUACAUGUAAGCACUUUUUUAUUGUCUUGAUUUCUUGAUGUAUAACAUGUACCAGUAGAACAGAAUGCAUUUUUUUUGUGCUUUCGGUGCAUUUUAAUGGCACUCCUGUUGAAGAUGUUUAUUACUCCAUCUAUGAGAGGAAGGGUAGUAUUGGCAGUGUUUAUUCAGACUGUUUAAGGAGUCAGGUUUAGAGACACAGGCUAACUUGAACGCCAGCCUGGGUUCUUUGAAAGCCUUGCUGGCUGUACAGGCACCUAAGUUAGGAAUCUAGCUCCUUAAGUGAUAAUUAAAAUAAGACUGUCAUUGUACCUUUCCCCUCCUAAAUUAAUUGAGCCAUGCAGGAACAACUGAAAUGAAUGUAUACUUAGCAGACUUGUGUUUAUCCAUGUUUUGUUAUCCUAAGAAAAUAAAAGUAUGUAAUUUGUGGUUCCUUUCAAGGGGACCUCAUUGCCAGAUAGAACGUGCUGGCGUAGGAUCUGCUGCAUUUCACCAACCUUAGGCCUUAGUGCAUCGUAUUUACUCUAACCUGUUGGCGUCAGGUUUGCUGUCACUUGGGGAGGUAGAAACGUGACUCAAAGUCCCUCUUUUGCGGAAGGUCAAGCUUCACGUUUCUUUCUGUUUACUGCUCUUGGAAUUCUGGGGUACACCAUCUAACUUGGAUGGUGUAGGGACCUAGUGGUAAACCCUUAGGCUGGGUGCAUGGUCAUUGGUUGUAUUUGAUGUCUUAAAAUGCAUUGAGCAAAAGCUGUUGAUGGGGAAGCCAGUGUUGACUGAACAAGCAGCAUAGGCACGUACAGUCUAGUGUCCAGUCUACCUAAUGUUUUCUCCUCCAGGAAACGUGAUGUCUUUUAAAUAAGACUGUCAGAUCUUAAUGGUAGCAACCCACAGGAGUAGAUUUUUGAAGAGAGGAUAAUUUGCUUUGAACAGACAUUUCACAGUUGUCCCUCAGCUUAGCUCAUGCCAGGUGCAGUUUCAAAGUGAUAUGUAAAGAUAAAAAGAGAAAUUUUUUUUUUUUGAACAAAGUAGUACCUAAAUUAUCUCAUGCUUUACAAGUCACUUGACACCCAUAAAGAUAGUUUUUAGAUGCUUUCUAAGAAACACCCUGAGGUAGGCACUUGCAUUCUUUUUCAACUCAGUGAUUUAGGAUACAGUGCUAGAGAGUUUUUUUUAAUUACACAAAAAGUUGCAAUACGUU